AUUACAUUAGUGAUUUGGUUAAUUCGUUGAAUCAAGGAGUAAUGUAUAUACAUAAUAUGUACGCAUGUUCACACAUAAACGUGUGACUUUCUUCCAUUUUCAUGUUCAUCCAUCACUAUAUAUAUAUAAACCCUAUAUAUGUACACAUACAAUCAAAUAUAUAUUAUAUAUACACCUUCUUCAUAAAAUGGCAAUCUCUUCACAUACAAUCUCAGUGUUAUUAUUUUUCUUCGUCUUCUUCGUAAUAAUAUGCAUCGAAGCAAAUCAAACACUGUCACAAAAGACGCUUCGAAACGAUUCAGAAGCCAUCGUAAGAGCAUCCAACGACUACGGAAACAUCGUACACGAAAUCCCUUCUUCGGUUCUCUACCCUUCAUCGGUCAAUGACAUCAUCGAUCUCGUCAAAUCAUCGAACGCCCGUUCCCCUCCGUUCACCGUUGCCGCCAAGGGCCGCGGCCAUUCCGUGAGGGGGCAGGCCAUGACACGUGGCGGCGUGGUGGUGGAGAUGACUUCUUUGGGAAAUAGCCAAAACGGGAGUGGCAUUAGUGUUUGUUCGGAUCAGGGGUAUGCGGAUGUGGGGGGCGAUCAGUUGUGGGUCGACGUGUUACGGGCCACUCUUGAACAGGGGCUUGCGCCCGUUUCUUGGACUGAUUAUCUGUACUUGAGUGUCGGAGGGACUUUGUCUAAUGCUGGGAUUAGUGGACAAGCAUUUCUACAUGGCCCUCAAAUCAACAAUGUUCUUGAACUUGAUGUUAUUACAGGGAAAGGGGAAUUUGUGACAUGCUCCAAGAAUGAAAACCCGGAGCUAUUUUUCGGAGUUUUAGGUGGUUUAGGACAAUUCGGAAUCAUUACACGAGCAAGAAUUGUCCUUGAUAAAGCCCCAACAAGAGUAAAAUGGGUGAGAUUGUUGUAUAGUGAUUUUGGCACGUUGACAAAAGACCAAGAGCACCUAAUCUCAAUCGAAGCUCCAAACUAUGUGGAGGGAUUCCUAGUCACCAAUGAGAACACAACAAAUGAUUGGAGAUCUUCUUUCUCGUCUCCAUCGAACCAAUCCGACGUCGUUUCAUCGUUCAAGAAGAACAAUGGUCUCCUCUACGCUAUAGAAUUGGUCAAAUAUUACGAUAAUCAAACUGCUCAAACUAUUGACCAGGAGUUUGAGAAGUUGCUAAAGGAAUUGAAUUUCAUUCCUGGAUUCAUUUUCAGUACAGAUGUCGCAUUUUUCGAUUUUCUUAAUAGAGUCGGGAACUUAGACAACGAGAAGUUGCCGCUAACGGAAUCUCAUCCAUGGCUCAAUCUCUUCAUACCGAGAUCGCGAAUAUCCGAUUUCAAUUCCGGAGUUUUCACCACCAUUAUUCCCGAGUUUAACGAGCCCUUUGGCCUAUUCAUUUUCUAUCCACUUAAUCGAAACAAAUGGGAUGAUAGAAUGUCUGCAGUAAUACCAGAUGAAGACGUGUUCUACACACUUGCGCUUCUGCACACGAGCGGGGCCAACGAAUAUCAGACUAUCGAUAAAUUUAACGGUCAGAUUUUGGAAUUUUGCGAAAAGGCCGGGAUUGAAGUGAAGCAGUAUCUUCCUAAUUAUCAAUCCAAGCAAGAUUGGAUAAAACAUUAUGGAUCGAAAUGGAACAUUAUUCAAAAAAGGAAAGCAAUGUUUGAUCCGAAAAUGAUACUAUCGCCGGGCCAACGAAUUUUCAAUUCGGUCUGAAUUGUAUUUCUCUGCAAUUUUAUUUUUGUUUUUUAUUUUAUAGUAAUUGUUUUCUUUUGUUUCAUAAUGGCAAAUUAAUAUUGGUUUC